GAGGAAAUCUUGAACUGGAUCAGCGGCCAAGUGGACGACAGCUGCACAUUUUCCCUUUGUGUGUCAAGAUUUGAUCUCUUUAGUAGAGGAAUGCAACAGUGGCAACGCCAGAAAAAAUCCCGUCCAAACUGCCGACUGAAGGUUUCUUUUUUUGGGGAAUCUGGCAUUGACACAGGCGCUCUAAGUAAAGAGUUUCUAACAGAAAUGGUUUCUGAAAUAGAAAACAAACUGUUUGUGGGCAGUGCAGACAAGAAGGGCAAAAAUCCUCUGUACUGCCUUAACAGCCUGGAUACUAACUACUUCCGGACGGCUGGAGAAGUUAUGGUAGCGAGUAUGGCUCAAGGCGGACCCCUCCCAAACUUCAUGCGUGAAUGGUGCUACAGAUACCUCUGCUCUGGUGAUUCAGACAGCAUCCAGGUGUCAACUAAUGAUGUCACAGAUUCAGAACUGUUCCACCUUAUAACAGAGGUAAACAGAGCAACUGAAGAGAACAUAAAUGAGCUUACGGAUGACAUAGUAGGCUGUGGCUAUACUGGAAAGGUAUCUGUGGACAAAAAAGACCUCAUCAUGAGAGCGAUUGUGUUGCACUCAACAAUGAGACUUGUGCCGAUGCUUGACCAACUGAGAAAAGGCCUGCAGCUAUGCGGCCUGCUACAAGUGAUGAAAACCAACCCAGAUUUGUGUUUGCCUAUGUUUGUUCCUGGGGAAGAUGGCAGAGUGGAUGCUGCAUUUUUCCUUGAAAGAUGCCAACCUGGGUUUAGUGAGAGGGGUUCUGUGAGAUACAGCAGAGAAGUUAACAUCAUGAACUUCUUUCAAGACUUUCUACAAAACAUAGAGGACUGUGAACAAGAUGGUCAGAAGGAGGAUCCACAGCAGCUGACCGUUGGCAAAAUCAUGCAGUGGAUAACAGGACAAGCACACAAGCCAGUGCUGCCCAGUGAGAAGAAGGACUUCUUCAUUUCUGUUAAAUUUUACCAUGACUGUGACUCAAGUCAUACCAUUUGUUUUCCUGUUGUUAGUGCCUGUAGCCGCACAAUCACAUUUCCAGUUGUACAUCUUACAACCCUGAAUGACUUUAAAGAAAAUAUGAUAGCAGCCGUUACUCACGGACAAUCAUUUAGCCUCGUCUGAGUGAUUUUGCUUUUUGUUAGUUAAAUGUGCCGUUCUGUUGGAACUUACAUGAAAAAACCACAGUGGCCAAUGUUUCUAAGUGAAAUCCUUAAAGUUCUGUCAGUUUGAUAAGUAAACACUUUCCAGGACUUUAGUUACCAGGUUUAUAAAAACAUUUGUGUAAGUUAUAUUCAGCUGUUUGAGUUACAAGAAAUUCAGUUCAAGGAAUGAAAGUUUUUAAACUUUCAGUGUUUUAUAAAGGAGUUUGACAGUUUUUUUCUAAACAAAUAAAAACUGAAUUAUUUUUUA